AUGGUCUACGCUAAAGCAGUAGAAAAGUUGCAAUCCGCCGUCUUGACUAUGGAAGAAGAAAUAUCGUUUUCACCAAAUUGGAAAGAUCUGGAAGAAGCAUGUGAACUCAUCAAGCAUACAGAAAGAAAAUUUCCAUUCUCGGAUGUCCAUCACAACAACUGGCUUGAGAAACUAUACGAAUGGAAGGAAAAAAUCGAACAGCAAUCAGUAUCAUCCAAUCGAUCGCAGGGCAGCAUCAACAGUUAUACCACCGCACAACGUGGCGAUGAGUUCAGAGUCAAGAUCGAAAAGAAAAAAUUAGCAAAAUUCAAUGGCGAUCCCAUCGACUAUUAUAAAUUUCGACAUGACAUACUACAUUAUAUCAUCAAAAAUCCACAAAUUCAAGGACGAUUAAACAAGUUAACCGAAAUCCAAGAUCUGCUGCCUAAUCAUCACCGGUAUUUGUUGAACAGAGUAAUUCGUAACGAAGCAGGCAUUGAAGAUGCAUUGAAAAAGCUCGAUGAUUUUUACGCAUCGGAACAUCAAAUCAUUCCAGCAUUAAAAAAUAAAAUCAAAUUGUUACCGCAUUUGUCACAGAGAGCAACCGUCAAUGAUUGGACGACCUGGCUGGAAACAGUGGUAAUAAUUCGUGAUACAUUAGCCGCAUCCAAUCUGCUACAUGAAGAUUACAAUAUGACGACGUAUAUAUUGUACAAGGUAGAUGAUGUAUAUCAACAACAAAUCGAUGGUGACCACAAAAUAAAACUAGCACAGCUAGAAGAAUUUCUCGAACGCGGUGCGGCGAGAAAAGCAGCCAUAAGUGGCCGGCUCGACGAAAAUCCAUGGACGACGGCUGAUAAGCCUCGAUCGAUGAUCAGACGUCCCAUCAACAAUGUGAUGAUGACAACCAACAACAAGUGUUUCUUUCAAGAUGGUGAUCAUAAAACUGACGAAUGUAAACUAUCUGGUGAUGCCCGACGGCAGUUCUUGUUUACAAAUCGACUAUGCUUUGGUUGCGGUGAAAGUGGACAUAAUGGCCGGGAGUGUCCAAAAAUACUGAAGUGCAAUCACUGCCAGCGAAGACAUGCGUCACAGUUUUGUUUUCGACAUAAUCAACCAAGUGUGUUAACGCCAACCAUGCCAACAUCAUCGAACGCUAAUAAUGAAGCUUCAGAAAGCUCAAGUCAACCGACGUUAUUGAUACCAGCUGGCCGAAGUCUUCAUAAAACAUUGACUACCACAAUUAAUGGACGAAAAAUACGAGUUGUGUUUGACGAUGGAGCCGGGACCUCGUUCAUCUCUUCCAAGGUGGCACACGAAUGGAAUCUUGUUGCAUCCAGAGCUGAACCAAUUUUCAUGGACACCUUAAGCAACGCUAAACCAACUGCCACUGGUCAUCAAAUGGUACAUAUAGAGAUGCCAACGUGGGGCGGACAACACGAGAAUCUCGGGUUUCGACUGAACGAUAAAUUGGACCAAUUGCAGUUUCAUUGUAUUCCUAUCGACGUGCAAAAACAGCUACGACAACAAGGUAUUGAUUUCCAAGACGAACAACGUCCGGUUGACAUGUUAAUUGGACUUGACAACAUCAACAAGAUUCAGCUUCCAGAUGAACGACGAGUAAUGCAUGACGUUAUCGCUAAACGUACGACAAUGGGUUGGGUAGUCUUUGGGGUGACCAAUCGAACGAAUGUACUGUUGAGCUACGAUCAAUCGUUAUCGGUGGAACCGGCACUGGAUGUGGACAUCGAGGAUGAAGACAAAGAAGCCAUGGAAAAAUUCCUGGAAAACUAUUGUACCGGCGAUAGUGUCAAGUACGACCAACAAGAAAAAAGAUAUUCAGUAAAAUUGCCGUUUAUCCCAAAUGUGAAAGUUCAACCAAAUUUCGAUGCGGCCAAGAAACAGUUGUGGAGCAUGGUAAAACACAUGACAAACGAAAGACGAACCGGAUAUCAAGAAUUGAUAGACGAUUUGGUCCAAAAUAAAAUUGUUGAACAAGUGGCAAUCAACCCCGAUGACGGAUACCAUAUGCCACAUUUUGUGGUCACACGCAAUGAUAAAAACACCACGAAAAUGCGAAUCGUAUUUAAUGCCUCGAACGGAACACAACCACUUAACAAGGCCAUUUUCAAAGGCGUGACAGCUUGGUAUAUCAUCCGCUCAUUGUUGUUCUUCCGCUUGCAGACCAUGGCAGUGAUCAGUGACAUAAAAUCUGCCUUUCACAACAUCGCAAUACAACCUGAACAUAAAAAGUUUGUCAAGUUUUUAUGGAUCGAUAAUGACGAAAACACGGUUUGUUACCAGUUCAAUCGGCUGCCGUUCGGCCUUUCUUCAAGUCCGUUCAUUUUAUACGCAGUGGUGAUGCAUCAUCUAAAACAGUAUCGAUCCAAAUAUCCUCAAACGGUGAACGCGAUAAUUAAUGGACUGUAUGUCGAUGACCUGAUAUUUUCCGCCAACAAUCAACGCGAAGUUGAACAGAUAAAAUGUGAUAGCCAGAUGAUCUUUGCUGAAGCAUCAAUGAUGUUGAGGAAGUGGCGGUCAUCGGACAAAGCCCUUAAUGAUCGUUGGGGUGAUGGACUUGCCGAAACCAAGGUCUUAGGCGUAGAAUGGACCGAGGAUGAUCAAAUGCGGGUGUUGAUUCCCGAAUUUACUGAUGGCGGAAACAUCACAAAACGGGCUUUGUUAAAGUAUCACGCAUCGAUUUACGACCCAUUCGGAUUUGUGUUGGCAACGACCUUGAAGCUGAAAAUGAUGAUACAUGAAUCAUGGAAAUUGGGCUACGAAUGGGAUGAUCCCUUAAGUCCAGAUCUACAGAAGAAAGCUCGGAAAAUUAUUCACGAAAUCAAAGAAUUGGAUCAAUUCAGUUUUCGUCGGAUAUUUGACAAGUCAGUAGAAGAAUUCGAUUUAAUGGUGUUUGUCGAUGCAAGUCAACAUGCAAUUGGUAUCGCAAGCUAUCUAACAAAUGGUCAGCAGCUAACGUUAAUCUAUGCCAAAUCCAAAUUGAUCAAACCACGAAAGAUUGUAAGUGCUGAGCUCUUGGCGUUGUCGGCCGGUGCCAAUACAGCCAAAACAUUGGGAGAUCUCGUGAAUGCUCGACACAUAAUAUUGUUCUCUGAUUCCAUGGAUAACGUAAAACGUUUAGAAGAAGACAUGAACAAAUAUCCGUAUCCUGUGGCCGUCCAUUUGUUCAACAUAAAAUCAAAAAUCAGUGAUAUUCGACACAUACGAGGAGAAAUCAAUCCUGCUGAUGCAUUCACUAGAGGAGUGACGGUUGACGAAUUGAAGAAGUUACAUCGAUUAAAUUAUCACGAUAUUAUUGAACUACAAGAUGUGGUAGUUGGUGUUGGUUUGACGGUGAACGGUUCCUCGGAAAAAUAUGAUAUUUCUAAAUUUGAUCUUGAUAGCAAACGACCUUAUAACCAAUGGAUCGAGCUUGUGCAACAACAAUCUGACGAUUGGAAAAAAUCCAUCGAUGAAACUAUGAAUGAAUUGACCAUAUUAAUCAAAAUUAAUCAACGAAGGUUCCUGGAUGACCAUUUCGACAAACACAUUCCAACAUUUUGUGAUGAUCAAGGCCUGGUACGAUGUUUGACACGACUGGAGAAUUCAGAUUUGAGUUACGACGAAAAAUACCCGAUUGCUUUGCCGACAUGUGAAUUUACGUUAGCAUUGAUGGAACGUACACAUGAAAAUGAUGAACAUGGUUCGGUGAAUUAUACAUUGGCCAAUUUUCGAAUGAAGUAUUUCACACCACGCGCACGACAACAAUUCAUAAAAAUCAAAAAACCGAUGCUCUAA